AUGGUGGACCCUACAGAAAACAUCACACACAACCAGUGUGUCAUCACGGUUGACCCUACAGAAAACAUCCCACACAACCAGGGUGCCAUCACGAUUGACCCUACAGAAAACAUUCCACACAACCAGGGUGUCAUCACGGUUGACCCUACAGAAAACAUCCCACACAACCAGGAUGUCAUCACGGUUGACCCUACAGAAAACAUACCACACAACCAGGAUGUCAUCACGGUUGACCCUAAAGAAAACAUCCCACACAACCAGGGUUUCAUCACGGUGGACCCUACAGAAAACAUCCCACACAACCAGGGUGUCAUCACGGUGGACCCUACAGAAAACAUCCCACACAACCAGGAUGUCAUCACGGUUGACCCUACAGAAAACAUACCACACAACCAGGAUGUCAUCACGGUUGACCCUAAAGAAAACAUCCCACACAACCAGGGUUUCAUCACGGUGGACCCUACAGAAAACAUCCCACACAACCAGGGUGUCAUCACGGUGGACCCUACAGAAAACAUCCCACACAACCAGGAUGUCAUCACGGUUGACCCUACAGAAAACAUCCCACACAACCAGGGUGUCAUCACGGUUGACCCUACAGAAAACAUCCCACACAACCAGGGUGUCAUCACGGUUGACCCUACAGAAAACAUCCCACACAACCAGGGUGUCAUCACGGUGGACCCUACAGAAAACAUCCCACACAACCAGGGUGUCAUCACGGUUGACCCUACAGAAAACAUCCCACACAACCAGGGUGUCAUCACGGUUGACCCUACAGAAAACAUCCCACACAACCAGGAUGUCAUCACGGUUGACCCUACAGAAAACAUACCACACAACCAGGAUGUCAUCACGGUUGACCCUAAAGAAAACAUCCCACACAACCAGGGUUUCAUCACGGUGGACCCUACAGAAAACAUCCCAUACAACCAGGGUGUCAUCACGGUGGACCCUACAGAAAACAUUCCACACAACUAG